AUGUGCCAGCUGCGCCUACGCGCUGCGGUCGCAAUCGCCGGUGGCGUCAGCGCGGGCGGUGGCGGCCGUGGCCCAGGCAGCCCGGCUGUCCGGCGGCGGAGCGAAUGGGCGGUGCGGGCCGUGAGCUCGCGCGCGCCGCACGUGCUGGUGGACCCCGCGCCCGCCAGAACCAUCGUGGUGUACCGCAACGGGGACCGGUUCUACGUGGGCCGCAAGUUCGCGCUGUCGCGGCGCCCCGUGGCCACCUAGGCGCUGCUGGAGCAGCUGACAGAGCAGGUGGAGGUGCCCUGCGGUGCGCGGCGCCUCUUCACGCCGACGCGCGGGCGCCCGGUGAGCGAGCUGGACGCGCUGCAGGCCGGCGGCAAGUACGUGGCGGCCGGGCGCGAGCGCUUCAGGAAGCUGGAUUAUUUUAAUAUAGUUCCCAGCAAACCUGCAAGGAUGAGAAAGUUGAAGGAAAUCAAGCCGGUGGUUCAUUGUGACAUAGACGUGCCUCCCAGGUGGCAAACACCCCAUCGUUUAUUCCGACAAAUCAAUGUUUUCACAAAUGGAAGAUUAUUUACUCCACCUGUAAAGAUUAUUAUACCCAAAUUCAGCCUGACGGAGUGAAACUGCGUGCUGGCCAUGAUCGGAGAGAAGGUCUUUCCUCUGGGAGGCAUUCGAAAAUUAUUUACAAUGAAUGGGCAUCUUCCGGACAUGUACACACGAGCCCGAGUGUUCCUUCACACGACCGUUUUCUACUUUAAGGCUCCCUUCGCCCUGUUGACGGAUGGUGACCCCCCAGCAGUAAAGUACUCAGACAUUGAGAAGUAUUCGCGAAGAAAGAAAAAAGUGAAGGAUCCCAAGGUGAAAGAAACUCAUAAAUACGACAGCGUUCCACCCAAAGCACUGGAUUCUAUUUUUUACGCCAAAGAAGGAAAGAAGAAACCAAAGGCAGAACCUUUAAUCCACAGCGGGGCAGAUGGUGACGUGUAUGAAGCCCAGACUCCUAACAAGGAAACCCAAGGAGCACCAGAAGUUACGGGGGCCCCGGACGUGCAUGUGGAGGUGCCUGUGGCCAGAAACCAGCCGAGAUAGUGAACGAAGAGACGCGCAGUCAC